GAAAAUUAAUUUUUAAUUCACAUUAGAUACUCGAUUUGAUUAACAUUCCAGUCCCAGCCAAACAAGCGGCCUUACAAGAUGCUGCCACGUGUGAAAAACCGUAACAGUUGUCUCUCUCUUUGCUUAACGACGAAGAGUUUGAUCCAGGACAUAACCGUCAAUUCAUGAAACAAUUUGAUCUCUUUUCGGACACUUCGCAAAAUUCAAUCGCCGAGCUUAGAUCUCGCUUCGACGAAGAAUCGAAAUAAAAGCAAAACAAAACCCCCAAAUAUCCAUAGCAAAAUAAAAUACAAUAAAAGUAUAAAUUAUCUAUAUAGUCUUUGCUAGAGAGAGGGACAUGGGGCUGCUUUCCAACAGGGUUCCUAAGGAGAGCUUGAAACCAGGAGAUCACAUUUAUUCAUGGAGGGCUGCCUAUAUUUACGCUCAUCACGGCAUCUAUAUUGGCGAUGAUAAAGUCAUUCAUUUUACCAGACGGGGCCAAGAAGUAGGAACAGGCACAAUAAUUGAUAUCCUCUUGGUAAGCUCAGGACCAGCUAGAAAUGUAGUACCCUGCACCACCUGUACACCUUCUGAAGAUGGUCAUGGAGUUGUGCUCUCAUGCCUAAAUUGCUUUCUAGCUGGUGGUGUCUUGUACCGAUUUGAGUAUUCUGUCAGCCCUGCUCUCUUUUUGGCAAAAGCUCGUGGUGGAACUUGCACUCUUGCAGUCUCUGACCCAAGUGAUGUUGUGGUCCAUCGGGCAAAGUACCUGCUUGACAAUGGCUUUGGGUGCUACAAUGUGUUUAAGAACAAUUGCGAGGACUUCGCAAUCUACUGCAAAACUGGACUUCUCGUUGUGGAUCAAGGAACAAUGGGUCAGAGUGGCCAAGCAGCAUCUAUUAUUGGGGGGCCACUUGCAGCUGUUUUAUCAACACCAUUGCGUCUUGUGACCACCAAUGCCUAUGGAAUGGUAGCAACUGCUGUCACUGUCUACUGUGUUAGCCGAUAUGCUGCAGAUAUUGGCAUGAGGAAGGAUGUUCUGAAAGUGUCGGCAGAGGAUUUGACUAGGAGGCUAGCAACAGGUUUGCUUCAGGUCAUUGAACCGCAAAUUCCUGCUGCACCUUCUAGUUAGCACAUCUGGUUUGUCGCCCUAAAACUGUUUCAUAUCUUCAUUGUUUUUGAGUUCAAUAAUAAUUUGCACGGGUGUAUAUGAUACCCCUAGUGUAAUGAUUCCGGGGAGUGCUGAGCUCUGCAAGAUGUUUGUUUCUAUCGUUUAUGUCUGUAUGCCAUUUUGCUACAUUUAUGAUUUUCAUCUGCUGCUAUUGUGUGUUUAAACUGACA